AUGAAGACAAGACAACAACAUGUGGCAAAGACCUACAAAGUAGAGUCGGGCCAGAAACAGUUGAUCGAACUACUCUUGAAUGCUCCCGAAGAUAGGAUGUUUCAGUAUAUCAUGCCAAUCCAAGAAUGGCCAUUUGAUAUUGAUGACAUCAGUCAUUGGAAUGACCUGUUAGAGCGCUUUCAAGAUAUAACUCAUCGAAUCAUUCAUAAAUAUACACCUCCGUCCAUUAGUGAGCUCAUGCAACAGCAGCAACAGAGUGCCCACAACAAGAAUGCGUCACAGCCACAUGGACCUCCCUCAUCCUAUAUUCCCGUUCUGAUGCCACUGCCCGAGCAGGCCGCCGAGUUCAAAGUCGACAAAGACAACCUGAUGCAGUUGCUCAAGUUCCUCAAGUUGUUGCUCUCCAAUUGCAACAACAGUCAUCUCUUCCACUCAUCCGAGGAACUACUUCAACUAUUCUCAUUCAAUGACUAUGACGUCAACAGUGAGAUAUUGAAGAUACUAUAUAUACUUUUGUCGGUGCCGAAAUACAUCAGAGAGAACGAAUACUUUAUCCACAAUCAUUUGAAUCCUAGACUGAAGGUCUUUGCUACAGGCUUCCCCGAGAAUCAUCUCGACCUCCUCUCCUGCUGUUCCAACGAGCUUGUUAUACCAUCAUCUGUUACAAGCUUUAAUGUAGAGUUCUAUGAACGUACGGACAAUAUUGGUACAUACGCCACAGCCAUUGACAAUGCGAGUAAGAUAUCUGUGAGACUGGACAACGUCGACAGCAACCCUGACUCGGCGUUUGAUAUUGCCUACAAGGGCCUGUUUGCCAAGUACUCAUUGUUUGAGGAGGAUCAGUUCCACAUCUUCUAUCGCAUCUCGCUGGCCAAGCAGUUUGGCGUGGUGGAGCAGCGCCACAAGUGGCUGCAGAUGCGUCUGAUGUCCAUCAACGCGCUCUAUCACACCACCGAGCAGGCCUACCACACACAGAUCAUGGUGGAGGAGCCCGACUUUGUAAACGAGCUGCUGGAGCUGCUCCGACGACACAUGGUCGUGCCACAGGACGUGCUGGUCGCGGCCGUCUACGCACUCUCUUCCAUCUCACCUUCGUUCCUCAACGGUGUGCUGUCCAACACACUCAACUCGGCUCUGUCGCAGGGCUUCUUCCAGUCGAUCGUGCGCAAGUGUGUGGCCGUCAUCACAGGCAAGGUGCCCGCCGAGCACCCAUUCAGCGUCAACUUUAUCAAGUCAAUAUUCAACCUAUUGUUCACCAUCUCCUCGCUGAACAAGGCGAUCUUGCACAAUUCGGGCAUCUUCCAGUCGCUGCUGCCCAUGCUCAAGCUGCACACCACGGUGGUCAGCACGAUCAACUUCCAGCUGGCGACGUACCGCAUCGUCGAGAUGAUGCUCUUCUUCAAGACACUUAACAUUGAGAUCUUUGGCGAGUCAGACAACUUGCGCGAGUUCAUUCAGGGUCUCGGCAAUGAGAUUGACUACAUGAUCGCACAUCCAUACGUCGUCGACAAGAAGGAGGACAUGGUGGUCGAGUGCAGCAUCGCUCGGCCCACCUAUGGCGUCGACAAGCAUCGCUUCAAGAAGCCACCAUUUGCCAUCAGCAGCAGCAGCACCGCGCCAGCGUGGAAACCCAAGCAACAGUUGGGUGGCGCAUUCGACGAGACUCAAGUGGACAAGCGACUUUUCGAGGCCAACUACCCACUGCUGGUGACCAACAGGAAGAUGUCACUGGUGGUUGAGAUGUUGCACACGCUGAUACCAAUUGUCAGCUCGAACGGUGUGCCAAGGACCAUACUCAAUCAGAUCAUCGACGGCUCCAUCGCCGGACUGAAGCGUAUCUUUGAGAACCACAGCAGCUUCUCGCCAAUGAUCCUGCUGCAGGCCAUCAUGCUGCCGACUCGCCUCAUCCAGAAUGAGCCGACCUGCUUCACGGCGCUGCAGAGCAGCGGCCUGAUCGGUGCGCUGUUUGACUACAUCACCAACAACGAGCUGCCCAGCGAACUGAUCUUUGUGAUCACCAACGUGCUCAACUCAUUCUGUCUGAACUCGGCGUUCAAGCAGGUGUUGCUCGAUUCACACUUCCUCGAGAAGUACAUAUCAGUGUUCUCCAACCCCAAGUACUCGAUCAACAAUCGCACAUCCAGUCCAGUGGCCGUAGGCCUGGUCGAACUCAUCCGCCACCACAACGAGAUGCGCCCAAUCAUCAUUGACUCGUUUGUCAAGUUGCUCGAUGAUGUCCUCGCUCUGGACUUUGAGGGGGACAAGACCACGGUCAAGACCGUGUGUACUACAGUCGUCAGCCUGCUGACCGUGUUCUUCCGUGACGGCAGCGCCGUCGACAAUGAGCGUGCGUUCAUCCAGAAGGGCGGUCUUGACAAGCUGGUACAGAUCUUCUCUCACCCAAGCUGUCCUACCAAGAGCUUUGUUGUCUUCAAGGAGCUUAGCGUGAACAACACAUCGGCUGUUCUAAAGGAGAUCAUCAAGCAACUCAAUCUGCAGUUUGGCGAGUUGGACCAGCUGUGCGGCUGGCGCACAUCGCGUAUAGUGCGCGAUUGGGUCGAGCAGGAGGUGCAGAACAAGGACAAGAUUCAUCGCUCGAUCCGCAUCAUUGGCUCAUUGGUACAGAUACUCACUAGUCUCAUCCGCGACCAUCCCGAGGACAUUCCCAUCUCUGUCCUGGACGAGUGGGCUGUUGAGGCCGGCAUUGCUGCCAGCUCCUCACUCAGCGCGCUCCAACGCGCACUCUAUUGGGAGAUGGUCAUUGGAAACAAUUCACUGUUAUCGGCUCCCAUCUCAAAGCGAUCGGCACUAUCACCCAAGCAACCUGUUGCCGUGGUCGCCGAGCCACCCGCGCCCGUCGCUGCCGCUGGCGGUGAUGUUGAGAUGUCCACCGCUUCUUCUUCAUCAUCUUCGUCCGUCACCAAUGUCACUGAGCAACACGAAUUCCUGUUCAACAGCCAGAUCGCAGACUUGGAGUAUCUGUCGCACUACUUUGUCGACUGCCUCAAUCCCCAGAACAAGCGCGAGUCACUCACCGAGGCCAAGUCUGAGGUGUUCAUCAAGAACAUCGCCACCAACCUGUUCAAUUGGCUUGCAUGGCGCCCAGAGGAUGACGACCCUUCCCUGGGUCUGUGCACCAAGUACACCGGUCACGUGAUGGAGGAGAUCUCCAAACUGUUGUUUGCCCACCUCAUCAACAGCCUGCACAGCCUGGGUUUCUACGAGAAGUUCUUUGCCAUUGUACAUGAACUGCUGGCGCAAUACCAAGGCGAGUCAAGCGAUCUACACACACCACUCACAAACUGUGGCCGCAUCAUCAAUGUCACUGUUCACGCUCUGACACUCAAGGCUCAGACCGCGCCAGUCAAGUUGAUGGCCGAGCGCGUGCUGCCCACAGUGCUGGGCGAGGUGGCCAAGAUCUGGGGCAUGCCCCAAUUGGCCCAGUACCCUCUGAAAAAGGACGUGCUCGAGGCGAUCUACAACUUUUUGAACAAGCCAGAGGACCAGCCACUCGUAGAGAGACGGCCGGCCAAGCCAGCGCCGCAAGUGUUUGUACCAAGCGAGGCGGCUGUGUCUCUCCUGCAGGACAUGGGCUUCCUCCGUGAGCACAUCGUCAAGGGCAUGAAGACCCUACAAUCAAACAACGUGGAGCAGGUCACAGACUGGAUGUUGAACCAUCCAUAUGUCCCAGAGGACGAGCCACCCAAGGCCACCGAGGCCGCACAGCCAGCAGUGGCAACACCACCAGCACCCAAAGAGAAGGAAAAGACGUCCCUCGAGACAUUGGCGCUCGAGAUCAAGCCGACAUUGUUGGAGCGAUCGCUCUCGUUGCUGACUGGCAGCGUUGUCGAGGACUUGCCACUAUGUGAGAGUGUCUACCGAAUGCUGGUCUUUAUCACCAAGGAUUGUAAGACACCAGAGGCCAAGGAGAUGAUUGUCGACCGCCUUAUGAAGGAGGUUCAGCUUGCCUUUGGAGACUUCUCGAUCGCAAACGCCAAGCAGCUCGUGGCCUACUUCAAGAUUACCCAGCGCCUGAACGAACUACCCGACGUCCACGGCAUGUACAUAGACAAGGGCUUCCUGAUGAUUCUCGUUGGCUACCUCGCAGACCUACUGCAUAACAAGUCAACAGUCAUCUUCCCCACCACCACCAUCAGCGACGACAACAACAACAACAACAAUGCGGAUACACAACAGCAAUGGCAGAGCUAUUUGAACAGCUUGUUGCUGCUAAUCAUUGACAUGGUCAGACUUGGCUCGAUCAAGCCCAACACGUUUGAAUUUGACGAGGAAUUCAAGAAGGACGAGUCUGUGGACCCCGAGCUCAACAUGCUUCUGGACAGCUGCAUCAGCCUGCUCAAGGUGCCGCCAUCGAUCAUCGAUCUGACCCUGCUGCGGCUGACCAAGGAGCUGACAAAGAGACACGCGCUUGCCCUCCAAUUCCUCGAGGAGGACGGUCUCACCCUUCUCUUUGCCAAGGUUUACGCCCCAAGCAACAUUCGUGAUGCGCAGCCAAUCGCCAACGCCAUUGUUCGACAGAUAUUGGAGGACAAGGGCACUAUGCUCAGGGCCGACCAUACAUUGAUCAAGAACACACUUGGCUCAAACAGGAGCACCAAGGGCAUGGCCACAAAGACAUUCUUGACCUCGUUAGCCAAGAACGUUGCACAGAACCCCGUGGUGUUCUUGCGUGCCAGUGCUGACCUGUGCCGUCUGAGCCAGAGCAGUACCCUGGCGCUGGCAAAGACCCCAACGAUCACAACCACCGACAGCUACGAUGCCACCCACAUCUUUAAGGUGUCCGAAUUUUUGAUCAAGGCACUGCUGGCCAAGGACUCGGUUCCUACACCAGCUCCAACCACAACAACAGGCGGCGAGCAAAAGAGACAGAGCACAAUGAGCACAUCGCGAGCUGCGGCCAAGGCAAAAUUUGACAACAAGGUGCAGCUUGAAGUAAACGAGUCCAAGACAUUGUACACCAAGGCCAGCAUCUUGAACUUGUUGGAGGAGCUCAAUAUCAACAAUAGUGUAUUCCUUCAAAACGUUCUGACAUAUCCCGAGGAGGACAUCUUGCAGUAUACCAUGGACAACUUCUUGGUACCCGCGCCUAGUGACGGCCCCGCCAUGCACACGCACCACGCCUCAAUUCGCUUCAUCCUCUCGCUGUUUGGCAGCCAGAUUGGCCGUAACCUAGUGAUUGAUUUCAUCUCGAGAGACCUGACCAAGGCAAAGGGCGAGUACAUUCUCACGCACGACAAGGCCGUCCAGAAUCGUAUCGUUUACCUCGUCAACCUCGUGGCGGUCAUUCUCAACCUGCAACCACAUGCGUACACCAACGAGCUGUACCGCCUGAUGGUCGAGCAUGACAUGAUCAACCUGCUGCUAGAGGUGUUGGGUGCCAUCGACAUGAGCACCAACAACGCGUCGGUCAUGGUGAUCACCAUGCUGCAGACAAUCGGUCAUCUUACCAAGUACGCAUCCAACCCCGACAAGGACAAGGAGAAGGACGAGGGUCGCCUCAACAUCUUUGAGCUUCCCCUGUCCAACUUUGACAUCUACCUGAGGAACAGUCGCGACGCGAUGUAUGCCAACCCCCCAUCAUCUCGCAAUGGCCAAGAGGAGAACGAAUGGCAUUCGAUGGGCAACACCUUCCUCCACAGCCUUAGCUCAUCAAUGCUGGGCGACCGACUUGCACUGAAUCAGCGCGUGGUGCAGCAACCGGGCGGUGACUAUGAUGACGACUCUGACGACAGCGACGACAUGGAUAUCGAUGGCCAGGACGACGACGAAGAGGACGACGACGAAGAGAUGGACCAGGAGGACGACGAGGAAAUCCCCGACGACGAGGAGGACGAAGAGAUCGACGACGACAUCUUUGACGGCGAAGAGUUUGCCGAGUUCCAAGACAACAUACUGGGGCUCAACGUCAACGAUGCCCGAAUGCUGUCCAAUAUCAUCGACCCUGGCGUGCUUAACCAGCUACUGCAGAUGAACAACGCUCUGCAGAUGCCCCCACACUUUGAUAUCAACAAUCUGCCUCGACCAAGAGGUGUCCAGCUCCAGUACCCUAUGUUCCCACAACAGCCCAACGCCGGUGUUGGCGUCAACAUGAAUGUGGUGCGCGAGCAGGACGACGUCAACUACGCACUCUCGUUCGAGCCGGAUCUGAUAAAGAUCCUGUCCAAAAUCACAAAGGAAGAGGAGGCUGCGCUCAAGCUCAAGGAGAAGGAGCUCAAGGCUAAGGAGAAGGCGUUGAAGCAGCAACAACAACAAGCAUCGUCAGAGGCUUCGUCAUCAUCGAUGCCACCCGCAACGGAGUCGACACAGGCCACUUCAACAUCGAGUCCACAACUUCAGAGUAGCAACUCACAGGUGCCAAUGGUGGUCGAGACAAGCAACUCAACCACGACACCGACGUUACAACCAAUGCAAUCGCCCCAAGUAUCAUCAGUAUCGUCCCCAUCGACUUCAGUGUCAUCAUCUGCAUCAUCAAUGCCAUCUUCCAUCUCGCAGUCACCACUCUUGUUCAAUCCAGACAUCGAUCUCAAUGUAUGGAGGAACAACAUGGAUAUCAAUCAGAUUGCGACCAACAUUGUACAGCCACCAACCAUCCCUACCAAUGAGCAACAGCAACAGGAUGCACCGCAAUCACCAGCUGUAGUAGCAGCCGAGACAACCAACAAUCAAGAUGUUGAUAUGCAUGAGGCAGAGGCAGAGGAGGAGGACGAGCCACAGUCUUCAUCAUCGUCUACGACCACAACGACAACCACCUCUACUACGACCACUUCUGAACCUGCCGCACCCCCUGCACCUGCCCCUUCAGCACCUCCAGUAGUCGCACCACAGCAGCCAGUCCAAGUUGAUCUUGGCAUUGACCCAACCUUCUUGGCUGAGCUCCCCGCUGAGCUUAGAGCAGAGGUCAUCUCGGCCCAACUGGGAACGAUCUAUCAGACCGAGAACAGACCAGAUAUUGUGAUCAACCCAGCCAGCAUGGCUGUGCUGCCAGAGGAGAUACGCAAUCAGGUAUUGGAGCAGCAGAGAGUGAUCUCUCAGCGUUACAGAGCUGCCCCACCACCCGCCGACAUCUCACACGCACAGGAGAUGGACAACGCGUCGUUCCUGGCCACUCUCCCACCAGACUUGCGUGAGGAGGUGUUGAUGAGCCAGCCCGAGGCAUUCUUAUCGACCCUCCCACCCGAGUUGCAUGCCGAGGCCGUUCGUCUGCGUGAGCGUGAUCGUUUCGAACUGCGCAAUGCAUUCGAGCGCAAUGUCUAUCUGCCGCGUGGCACUGCCAUGAAGAAUGCACCGUUGCCAAAGCCUAAGGCGUCACUCAAUCAGAGUGGUGAGUUGAUAAAGAAGGAGAACUUGAUACCCUUGCUCAAGAUACUCUACCUCGACCAGCCAUGGAAUCGUCAGCAGUUCUACGCCAUCCUACAACAGAUCUGCUCAUUCACAGACAACAGGAACCAGCUGCUCCAGUAUCUGUUCCAGAUACUCACGGCGUGUGAGCGUCCCAACCUGCACCGUGGCGCCGUCAAAGACAACUUCUCGCCCCUGGACGACCCGUGCCACCCAACACUCAAGUUCAAGCACUUUAGGACGUUCGAGGAGGCUGAUCACCCGCCCCUGCUGGUCAUCCGUCGCAUCUUGGACAUUCUCCAGAAUCUGAUCUCCAACAACAGCAACACAGUACAGUGGGUUUGCACUGAGCAAACGAUGCCACUGCCACCCUCCAAGAAGGGAAAGGAGAAGGGCGAUGCCAACGAGACAUUCAUGCCAUUGUGGCGUCUGUGUUCACUCGUCUCCAAUAAGGACAUCGUCAGGAAGUCCUCGCAUCUUGAGAAGCUGGUCACCAUCUUCCUGUCCGUGCUGGACACGGUCAAGGAGGUGCCGACCUUCCCCAAGCAGUUCAUCGACAGCUUCAUCGAUGCCAUGUUUGUGAGCGGCGACAAUAAGGUGGCACUCCUACUUGUACAUAUUGGAACGACCGAACAGAACAGGGCCUCGACACUAGAUGAGCUUACCUCCACGGCCAAGAAGCUUGUUCACAAGGUGAUCCACAACCUCAACAGUCUAAAGUCAUCGUUCAAGGAGUCUUCAGGAGGAGUGUCGCCGUCUCUCAUCGUGUCACUGUUGCCCAACUCGACCAAUGAGCAGAACCUGCUUCAAACACUCCAGACCAUGUCCUUGAUAUUGGCGCCCAAGAAGGAGGUCCCUCCAGCUGCUGCUGCUGCUCCACAAGCUGCCGCGCCACAAGCUGCUGCGCCACAGGCUGUUGUAGCACCACAGGCUCCUCCAGCAGAUGCAGUUGUCGAACCAGCAGUCAAUCAACCAGACCAAAUGGUCAUCGAGCCACAAGAAUCUGUUUCCACCACCACCACUACGACUACUACCACAACAACGACAUCAUCGUCAACAUCAUCGAAAGCUGAACCAAAGAUCACGACUAUUGGCGAGCACUUCAAGUACAACCCAGAGUUUGAGACAUUGUGGGAUGCAAUCAAGUCAUUCCUCACGUAUAUCAACGCGACUGAGAAGCACGAUCAGCCAGAGCCAAACAAACCCAAGCAGCUUACAAAGAAGAAGAAUUCCAGCGUACCCAUGUCCAACUUGGUGCUGCCACUCAUCGAGAUAUACUUCCAUUUGAACUCGCCCAACCCAGAGAAGCUCAAUGUCAACACAGUGCCCUCGUCGCCAAGUCUGACCGGACUGAAGCUGUCAUCACAGGGCACCAACACACCGCCAGCCGCCGACUACCAGACGAUGCGAUUCUUUGAGUUUGUCGAGCAGAACAAGAACCUGAUCAACGACCUUGUGCGCCAGGACAACUCCCUACUCAGUGGCUCGUGCAAGAUCCUGGUGAAGCUGCCUCGUUUCCUGGACUUUGACAACAAGCGAACAUAUUUUAGACAGUUCUUCCAAUCAAAGAAGGAUCGUGCCAACUCAAUCCGACUCAAGAUUCGCAGGAACCACAUCUUUGAGGACUCGUACACACAGCUGCGCAUGCGCCCUGCCGAUGAGUUCAAGGGCAAGCUGCACAUCCAGUUCUCAGGCGAGGAGGGCAUUGACGUGGGUGGUCUGCUGCGUGAGUGGUACCUGGUGCUCUCCAGAGAGAUGUUCAACCCAGGCUACGCCCUGUUCAAGACAUCCGCGGACAAUGUCACCUUCCAGCCCAACCCCGAGUCAUACAUCAACCCGGACCAUCUGUCCUACUUCAAGUUCAUUGGACGCAUCAUUGGCAAGGCGCUCUACGACGGACAGAUGCUCGACGCCUUCUUCACGCGUAGCUUCUAUAAGCACAUGUUGGGUCUGCCCAUCACCGUGACCGACAUGGAGGCGAUCGACCCCACCUACCACAAGAACCUCAUCUGGAUUCUCAACAACGACAUCACCAAUGUGCUCGACCUGACCUUCUCGACUGAGAUCGAUAUCUUUGACUCGACACGCGUCAUUGAGCUCAAGCCGGAUGGCGCCAACAUCCAGGUGACUGAGGACAAUAAGAUGGAGUAUGUGCGAUUGGUGGCCAACGUACGAAUGACCAACUCGAUCAAGGAGCAGAUUGCCAGCUUCCUGGAGGGCUUCCACGAGCUCAUCCCCAAGACAUUGAUCAGCAUCUUCAACGAGCUCGAGCUCGAGCUGCUCAUCUCUGGUCUCCCAGAGAUCGACAUUGACGACCUGCGCGCCAACACAGAGUACAGCGGAUACACGGCUGAGUCGUCUCAGAUCAAUUGGUUCUGGAGUGUUGUACAGAACCUAAGCAACGAGGAGAAGGCCUUGCUACUUCAGUUUGUCACUGGUACUUCAAAGGUGCCACUUGAUGGAUUCAAGGCAUUGAUAGGCAUGACAGGUCUACAGCGAUUCCAGAUACACAGGAUCAGAGGAAAUGCUCAUAGAUUACCUACUGCUCAUACUUGCUUUAAUCAAAUAGAUCUGCCCGAAUAUGAUUCAGCGGAACAACUGGAGAAGAUGCUCAAGAUUGCCAUUAGCGAGAACUCUGAAGGAUUUGGAUUCCAUUGA